AGUAGUAUGCAAGAUGUCAUGGUUGUCAGGAUUGACCGGAAAUGUUGAGGAAUUUCUCAACAAGAUUGACCAGUCAGCAGCUGGAGCCUUACGCAAUGAAAGUGAGACUAGUUACGCAUCAGGAAAUGUUACUGGUAGUAAACGGAGUGACCACACUGCUGAUGCUGCUUCCUCUAGGCAAUAUCUCCAAAACCCAUUACCCAUAGGUCCAGCUAAAUCAACCAGUCAAGGAACAGACAAAUCCUCACCAUUUGUAACUAAACCAGUUCGCCAAACACUUACAGGAUUAUCUAAAACACCAAGUACUCCGCUGCAGACAAACAUCAAACAGGGUAGUUCUCCAAGUCCAAUACAGAAACCUUCAGCAGGUGUUACAUCCUCUGUAUCAAGUCCACAGCAAUCAACAACAGUAGUGACACCUGGGGGCAAGAAAAAAAUUGACUCUGAUGAAGCUUUGUUUGACUUUCUUAAUAGCAGUGAUCCUGUAGAUUCCACAAGAAAGAAAAGUACAACUCCUCUCAGUAGUGCUCGACAUUCCCGGCAGUCAAGCACAUCUUCUACCAUAUCGAGUAAGGGUACGAAAAGUACAGAUGCCCCACCCUCCACCAGUGGAUCAUCUAUAGUGCACAUAGACUCAGUUGGUCCAGCAAGUGAACGAGAAAGUCCAAACUCUGAGCCUGAUGGGUUGGCUGAUAUGGCAGCACUUGCUGAUGCUAUGCUGGAACAAAGUCCUAGCAACAGUGUCCAUAGCAACCAGGGCUCAGAAACAGCUGGAGAAGCCCAUCAAAAAAUGUCAUCACUAGAGCUAGAGAACAAGCUCCUCAAAAAUGAAGUUGCCUCUCUGAACCAGGAGAUGUCCUCAAUCCUACAGAGAUCGAAGGAUUCUGUUUCUGAAUUAAAUGCAACCAAACAGAAGCUGGAUUCUUAUCAUCGGUCAGCAUCCAUGCAUGAUCAGCUGGUACGUGAGCUGCAGUCACGAGAAUCAGAUCUGACAGAGGCUUUGGGGGCCAAAGAUUCCCAACUUGCUAUUCUUAGAGUGAGACUAGAAGAAGCAGACAAAGAGCUGACAAGGAAAGCUGCAUCAAUACAGGAUCUCCAAUCACAUAGGGACAGAAUACUUCAGGACCACACAGACUCCAGUGGUAUGCACAGUCAGGCCCUUGACACUCUGAAACAUAAAUUAGUGGAGGUGGAGACAGCACUCCAUAGGGAACAGGAAGCUUAUAAACAAGCUCAGACAGAGGCUUCAGACAGACAGAGCAGACUGGAAGAGGAACAGAGAAGUUUAGCUGAGGCCCUCACUUCCUCAGAACGGAGAUUAAAUGAGGAAAAAGCAAAAGUUUCUGAAAUAUCUGUCCAUAUGAAAUCACUGAAGAGUAAUGCUGACUCGGCCAAACAGGAACUGUCAGAGUACAAGGAGAAAGCCACAAGGAUACUACAGUCCAAGGAGAGACUGAUUGCCAGUCUGAGAGAGGGGUCAGGGGCAGCAGGGGAGAUGGCUGGAGUGUCUAGUCUUGAGUAUGACUCUGUCAAACAGGAGCGGGACAUGUUUAGAGAUGAACUUCAGCAGUCCAGGAUGACAGUGGAUAGUCUGAGAGUGGAACUGCAGGAUCUGGAAGGGCAAUUACAGCAGGACAGUGAUGAAGCAAAUGAACAGAUACGAGCUCUAGAGGACAACGUUAUAAGCGAGAAACGUCGGCGAGAGGAAGCUGAGACUGAACUCCUCAAACAAAAACAGGAGAUGCAAUAUUCAAUAGAGGAAAUUCACAAACAGAAAGGAACAUUCCAGAACUGUGUCAGAGACAGAGAAAUGGAAAUUGAAAGACUCAGAAAUCAGCUCACUACAAAAUCCAUGAGCUCUACGUCAGAGAGUGAACUAGAAUCUCGUGUGAGGUCACUAACCGAAAGCCUCAUACACAAGCAGACCAUGUUGGAGGCUUUGAGUACAGAGAAAAACUCACUCACUCUUCAGCUUGAGAGGCUCGAGAUGCAGUAUAAAGAUGUCCAAGCCUCAUCACUGAGGACCAACACUGCUGUGGUCCAUGUCAAUGAUGAUGAUGAAGUGAGACAGAGACUACCGGCAUUCAUGCGUGAAACAGCAACUGAUACAGAAGUGACCAAAAAAAUGAAACGUGCUGCCAACUCAAUCGACAAAUUAGGUAUACGCCUUGGAGUUUUCCUCAGAAGAUACCCCAUUGCCAGAGUAUUUGUGAUAUUGUACAUGGCAAUGUUGCAUCUUUGGGUGAUGAUUGUGUUGCUGACAUACCAGCCAGAGAUGCAUGGAGAUGGCCAUGGACAACCAUUGCCUCCAUAGUGCUUGCUCAAUAUAAAAUGAGUGCUGGCACUCGAUGUCUGUCAUCUUUAAAAACUGCAUGGUGUGUGGUUACCACAAGGGGAACAACUCUUUCAGUUCACAGGAUCAUGAUGGCCGUUACAAGCAUUUCACUUUGAAGAUUUGGUUGAAUUUUAUUUGCAUCCGACUUGUAAAAUAACAUCCAAAUACAAAUCUUUUAAUAGAUUGUCAUGAAGUAUCCAAAAAUGAGAGUAAGGUAUGAUCUUGAAACUGGAAAACUCAUCCAGAAAAAAUUCUUUGUAUCAUAUAGAUCAAUUACACCAUAUAAACACUUUUUAGAGUGUUCAGAUAUAAAUAGUUAGAAUGAGAGCCGUUAAGCUUAAACAAUGUCAAUUUGGCAAAACAAGAUUAUAAUUCUUCUGUUAAUGAUACUUCUACUGAUGAUAAUUUGUUAAGAAUCUUGUGUGGUAGAUGCCUCAUUCAUUGUUGUAUCUUAAUUCAUUUUGCUUAUUUACAAAGGACUUCCUUGUCACAUUGUAACUUCUAAUUUGAAUUAAAUUUUUUGAAAACCUUUUUCAAAGAAAUGUUUUUAAAUUGUAAGCACUUUAAUGUGAAUAUCUUUUAA